AUGUCCUAUCACUGGAACCAGAAUCAGCAAGAGAGGAGCAUGGACCGCAGAGAAUUGUUGGAAUCUAGGCCGGCAGGGGAUGGCGUCAAAAAGGACGUGCUAGGUGUCUCGGGCGACUCGAAGUCCGUUAGUCCGACGUCGCACUACAACAUCUCGAACUCCGUAUCUGGAUCGCAACACGAUACAGCAACGAAGGCAGCAGCAGCAGCAGUGACUGAAACUGGCACUGGCACUGGCACUGGCACGUCGAAACAUGUAACGUUGCCCUCGCUAUCCGCGUUGAGCCACGAAUUGAGGAAUAGUCCUGGGAAACAAGAUAUGGCCCGCACCAGUGGGGGAGAUGGUCAGAGGAGGAAAUCCAGUAACGGGUUCUCGCUGGCCAGUCUGGAUAACCCACUGCCGGCCUCCAAUGACGCUGAGAACAGUUCGCUCAGGGCUCCAGCGGCCAGGGGACUGUCAAUUGACGAGACAACAACACCAGCAGUAGGUGUGCCACCGGUAGUGGGCACUAACCAGGGGAAAAGUGCUGUAACUCCCCCAAGUUUGCACAUUCCAACCCAUCAACAACAACAACAGCAGCAACAGCAACAGCAACAGCAACAACAAAUGGUCGCUUCUGUUUCUGCAAUGGGGGGAGGUAUAGAUUCUCCCUACAGACCGCUGAACGUGAAGGACGCUCUUUCGUACCUCGAGCAAGUUAAACUGCAGUUCAACUCGAGACCGUACAUUUAUAACCAAUUUCUGGAUAUCAUGAAGGACUUCAAAUCUCAAAAUAUCGACACUCCGGGGGUCAUCGAGAGAGUAUCCACUUUGUUUAAGGGAUUCCCAGCACUGAUCCAGGGGUUCAACACUUUCUUGCCCCAAGGGUACAGAAUAGAGUGCAGCAGCAACCCUAACGAACCAAUAAAAGUGACGACACCCAUGGGUGUCUUGGAGAACGUGAGGGGGUCUGACAUAACGGCAGACCAGCAGCCAGCGAUCGGGCAACUACCCACGACUCAAUCGCCAAUACAGGCAUCGCUGCCACCUCCACAAUCUGCUCAUUUGCACCUGCCAUCGACUGUUGCCGCAGCGACUACCGUCCAACAGAGUGCCAACGUACACGCGGAGAACGAGCCAAAGAAGGCAAACGACGUCGAAUUUAGCCAGGCUAUCAGCUACGUGAACAAGAUCAAAAACAGAUUCUCUGACCAACCGGACAUCUACAAAAAUUUCUUGGAGAUCUUGCAAACGUACCAAAGAGAGCAAAAACCAAUUAACGAGGUGUACGCACAAGUCACCGUGCUGUUCCACAACGCACCUGACUUGCUCGAUGACUUCAAGAAAUUCUUGCCAGACUCCUCAGCAUCAAAUGAACAGCAGCCAAAACAGUCACCGUACUCACCACAGGUGUACAGCGGCGCAGACAUGGCCAGAGGAUACAUGUACAACAACACGGGCGUAUACUACCCACCGCAGGUGAACCAGCCGCAGAGCAACCUCCCACCCAUUGGCAGCUUUUCACCACCGGCAAACGGCGUAGCCCCUACAACAGGCACCGCAAUACCGCAUGCAGACGAACAGCACGUCGUGGCGGGCGUGCCUGCCAUGGCCCCUCAUGAACAGCAGCAUGCACCAUCCAUGAUCAACAACGAUGGAAUACAGAUCUCGAAUAUGCGCGGAGGCGGCACAGUCCCCGCGUUGAACCAGUAUGGUAUGAUCUCGCCCCACGAUUACACCCAGCAACAGGCGAAACAGGUACAGCAAUUCCAAGAAGACCAACAACAGCAGCAACAACAAAGUAUGAUGAUGGACGAGCAGUACGGGAGCGGAGACAUGCAAGUAAGACCGGAGAUCGAUUUGGACCCUUCAAUUGUCCCCGUGGUACCUGAACCCACGGAACCGAUAGAAAACAAUCUGAGCUUGAGCGAGGAGACUAGUUUCUUCGAGAAGGUGAAGAAAAAUAUUGGCAACAGACAGAUAUACAUCGAGUUUUUGAAAGUGCUAAACCUUUUCUCGCAGGAUUUAAUCGCUGUAGAUGAGUUGGUGACCAAAGUGGAAAACUACUUAGCAGGACAACCAGAGCUGUUUGAAUGGUUCAAGAACUUUGUCGGGUACCAAGACAAGCCCAAGAUCAUCGAGAACGUCAUUCAUGAGAAACACAGACUUGACCUGGACCUGUGCGAGGCUUACGGACCCAGCUACAAGAAACUGCCAAAAUCUGACACGUUCAUGCCGUGCUCCGGUAGAGACGAUAUGUGCUGGGAGGUGUUGAACGACGAAUGGGUAGGCCACCCAGUGUGGGCCUCGGAGGAUUCGGGUUUCAUUGCCCAUCGCAAAAACCAGUACGAGGAAACGCUGUUCAAGAUCGAAGAGGAGAGACACGAGUACGAUUUCUACAUUGAAUCGAAUCUGAGGACCAUCCAAACUCUAGAGACCAUUGCAAGCAAGAUCGCCAACAUGACCGAGGAGGAAAAAAAUAUGUUUAAGCUGCCUCCAGGAUUAGGCCACACCUCCUUGACCAUCUACAAGAAAAUCAUCAGGAAAGUAUACGACAAGGAGAGAGGUUUUGAAAUUAUAGAUGAGUUACACGAACAUCCAGCGAUCACAGUCCCAAUUGUUCUAAAGAGACUGAAGCAAAAGGACGAGGAGUGGAGAAGAGCACAACGUGAGUGGAACAAAGUUUGGAGAGAGUUGGAACAGAAAGUGUACUUCAAAUCCUUGGACCACCUCGGACUGACUUUUAAACAAGCGGAUAAAAAGUUGCUGACAACUAAACAGCUAAUAUCUGAAAUUAGCAGCAUCAAAGUCGAUCAGAACAACAAGCGAAUGCAUUGGCUGACCCCCAAGCCCAAGAAGCAACUUGACUACCAGUUCAACGACAUGGAUAUUAUCUUUGAUAUUGUAGGGUUGACUGACGUCUUUGUCGACCAUUGCUCCACUUAUUCCAACCCUGAUAAGGAGAGACUGAAAGAUCUGUUCAGAGUUUUCAUAUCUUUGUUUUUCUUCAUUCCAAGGGACCUGAUAAGCGCAGCAUUAGACACGAAGUCGGACGAAGGUAAGUCAACCGAUACCAAGUUCGAAAAGGCUGACGACUCUAAGAAGAGGCCUAGACCCGACGUAGAACUAUCUCUGAGCGAUAUUCUACACAGAGCCAAAUAUCAAAAGCUAAAGAACGGAGAGGGGCUAGGGAUGAGUGAAGAUGACGACGAAGAAAAACUGGCUAAGGAAGCGGAGGAAAUGUCAGAGAAGAAUGCUUCCAAACCGUGGUUGGUCGGUGACAUUGUCGAAAGGGCCAAUUCACAUGGCUUGGUAACCGACAGAGCAGUGUACAAUUUGUUUGGUAACACCAACGUCUAUAUUUUUAUUCGCCACUGGUCCACCCUUUACGGCCGUCUUUUGGAAUUGAAGCAGAUGGAUGAAAGAGUCACCAAAGAAAUAAACAACCGUAAAGUUGUCCAAUUUGCAGAGGACCUCAAUCUGCUAUCCACUCAGUUGAGGGACAUGGGGUUGGAUUUCGACGGCAAGAAUGCUUACCAAGAAACGCUCAAACUGAGUAAAAGGCUGAUCCGGAACGAGUUGGAGCACCAGUGGUUCGAAGAAAGUUUGCGCCAGGCCUACAACAACAAGGCUUUCAAGCUUUACACAGUGGACAAAGUCGUACACUCUUUGGUUAAGCAUGCUCACACAUUAAUGACGGAUAACAAGAGUUCUGAGCUAAUGGAGCUAUUUGAAAAAGACCGUUUGCAGAGCUCGACUUGCGUCAAGGAUCAAAUUCUUUACCGGUUACUCACGCGUUCGCACAUGUCGAGCACCGAAAACAUGUUCCGUGUUCAGUACAAUAAAGAUACGAGGCAUGUGUCCAUUCAAUACAUCGGUUUGGAUGAUGUCACUUUGGAGGAUGCCAAAGAUGACAACGAAAGAUGGAACUAUUAUAUGACAUCGUAUGCUUUGCCACAUCCUACAGAAGGCAUUAUGCAAGACAAAUUGGUUGUACCCUUUUUGGAAAGGAUUUUGGAGUUUGAAAACGAUAUGUUAGAUGUUGAGGCAGGGAGUGAUAGGUAUAACCCGGUUGGUACGUCCUACUCCAAGUUGAAGAUCAACAUUGACCCGAAAACCUACAAGCUGAUCAUCCAAGAUGGCUCAUAUGAUAUAUUUUCAAGAAGCUCCAUCAACGAAUACCCUAUUAGGCCAGACUCGAAGGGCUAUGUGCAGAUGGUUGAAAAGAGGAAAGAGACGGCUCAAAAGUUUUUGGAUGGUAGGUUUGGGUGGAAAAAGGAUCUUUCAGAUGACGUUAUAAAUACCGUGGAACCUACUAAAAAAAUUGCUUUGCUAAGCGAAGAAACUAAAGAUGUCGGUACACUAAGUACUCCUGUGACGACAGAAAAAGGCGCAGAAAACACGGUACAUGGUUUGCAACCAGUGGCGUUAGCGGAAAACAGCAACGCGUCGACAAUGGGAACGUCUACCGUUGGGGAUGCAUCAAAUAACGUCCAAUAG